GUUUGCCAAAAUAAUCGGUACAUCAUUACUGGCCCAGCUCGGGAUCCACUGACAGUCAAUGUCUUUCUAAAAACUAGCUAUUUUGCAUUAGUUGGAUGGAACGAGGUAACGUUUUUCCCUUGCUAGAUCUUUGUGUCAGAUGCUCUUCGUCCGCUUUUUAGUUCCGGGUGUGUUAGAGCAGAAGGCAGCCCGUUAGUCAGCGGGCUACUCACCACUGUUUUGCAAUCACAUAACUUGUGUCAAUUUCGCCGUGAUCUACAGGAGAAAUACGUUAUCAUUUAUGCAUUAUAGUUGAAACGAGGGGACCACAGGGGAGAAUGGCGGCGGUGCUACUGUCAGAAACGGAGAUCAGGCAUCGGUCUAUGGCAGAGGAGGAUCCGAACGGGAAUGAGCAUGGGGCGGCUGCUCGCAGCACGGCACCUCGCUGGGGACCGCAGCACGCAGGGGCCCGCCAGCUCGCCCAACUGUACUCCCCGGGUAAGCGUCUGCAGGAGUGGGUCUGCGUGCUUCUGUGCCUCUCUCUCUUCAUCAUGAACUUCUCCUUCCUCCUCAUCAACUUCUCCACGGUGCACAUCUUCAAGAUUAUCUUCGGCAUCGUGGCUGGGAUUGUCAUGGCAGACUUUGCCUCGGGGAUGGUGCACUGGGGAGCGGACACCUGGGGCUCGGUAGACAUCCCCGUCAUUGGGAAGGCGUUCAUCCGUCCAUUCCGGGAGCACCACAUUGACCCGACGGCCAUCACGCGCCACGACUUCAUCGAGACCAACGGAGACAACUGCAUGAUCACCAUCCUGCCUCUAGCACACAUGGCCUACAAGUUCCUCAGCUACACGCCGGAGGCCAUAGCCGAGGCGUACCCGUGGGAGUGCUUUGUGUUCGCUCUGGCCGUGUUCGUCACAAUGACCAAUCAGAUCCACAAGUGGUCCCACUCGUACUUCGGCCUGCCACGAUGGGUCACCCUCAUGCAGGACUGCCACCUCGUGUUGCCACGGAAACACCACCGCAUCCAUCACGUGUCCCCUCACGAGACCUACUACUGCAUCACCACAGGCUGGUUGAACUACCCUCUGGACUGCGUGGGCUUCUGGCGGAGGAUGGAGUGGGUGAUUGAGGCGCUGACCGGACAGAAGCCUCGCAGCGACGACUUGGCCUGGAUCAAGAAGAGCGACUCAUGAAGAGAACCACGACGCCGGUGAUGGUGACCACGACAAUGUUGAUACCGAUGAUUUUAAUGAUUCUGAUGAUGAUGAUGAUGAUGAUGAUGAUGAUGGGGUUGAUGAUGUGGUUAACAGGACUGGAUGAGGGGACUUUAGCUGUUCCUCUGGGAGGAAGGAAUUCAGUCUAUUCUAUAGGCCUUACCCCUCACCUCCCCUCUUUCACAACCUCCCAUUCUCCAUCACUCCUUUUGAAUGCUCUCCCUCACUCCCUCGUUUCUCUCCUCCCUUGCACCAGGCUGACACAGGCCACCUCCUCUCCUCCUCCUCCUCUCCUCCUCCUCCUCCUCUUCCUCCUCCUCCUGCUGCUGCUGCCUUGUAAAAGUAGCUGAAAAAAAAAUCAUCAUCAGCAUCACAGCCAUUGAGCGCCUGUGUUAUUUUUUUAUUACCAUUAUUUUUGUUUGUUUGUUUCCAGUCUUUCUUGUUUUGGUUUCUCAAAUGUUUCAUGAUCAUAAGGUGAGUAGUUCAGAUAGCGUUGGCGAGAACUGACUCCCACACAGUGUGAUAUGAUCGGCCUUAAGGUCUGGCUUCGGCUACGUUUGUCCCAUUUUUGUGGCCAUUUUUAUGGCCUGCCUGCCAUAUUCCUUGGGAUAUGGCAGGCAGGCAAGGGUGUGGUCAACACUUUACUGACCAAACAGAUUGCUUCCUCUACUUCUGUCCUUUUGUUUUCCUCUUCAGUACAACAGAGUUGGAUUUGAACGUUUCCCAGAGGAUGGGCUCUCCAGGAAACCAAGUCACGCUUAGUUUCUUUACAUUAUUGUUAUUUUUCAAUUUUUUUAAAUGGGGAACAACAGACACAGAAUGAGAAGGGGGAGGGUGAAAACCAGAGAGAGAGAGAGAGAGAGUGUGUGUGAGAGAGAAAGAGAGAGAGAGAGAGAGAGAGUGUGUGUGUGUGUGUGUGUGUGUGUGAGAGAGAGAGAGAGAGAGAGAGAGAGAGAGAGAGAGAGCAAGUCAUUAGAUAUGAUAGUAAUAUCUAGACAUCAUCUUUUGUGCAGUCCCGUGCACAAGAUCGCUAUAUACUGUUAAAAGCCUUUAGUCCAACACCACCCUUCUCUCCACCCCACCUCCAGUAUGUCACGACUUAUCAGGCAUCCCGGCUCCAUCUGUCCACGUCCCCAAACACACACCACCACCACAGCGAAAGGGUUUGAUUGGCCAACCGAGCUCUCAUCUCCUGCCUCUGCUGAGCGGCUCGUGAGCAUGUAUCGCCGGGUCCAUUGACUCAACUGAAUGUGUCCCCCCCUGAAUGUCAUGCAAGCAGAAAGUACAUCAUACACAAGCCUUAACUGACCAGUCACACACACACACACACACACACACACACACACACACACACACACACACACACACACACACACACACACACACACACACACACACACACACACACACACACACACACACACACACACAUUCUUUCAUACCCUUUUUACAGACCAAGACAAUUGUUGUUCGUGGACUAGUGCUGACAGAGUUUUGUGUGAAAGUGUGUGUGUGUGGAGGUUUACAGUAGAUGUUAGAUGAUGACUUUAAGGUUGGGAAUUAUUUGUGGUGAUGUUAUACAUCAGAAAAGGUCAAAGGUCACCAGGAACUUUGGGAUGUUUUUUUUGGGAUGUCAUUUUUCUUUGUUUUCAUUUGUCUUUGCACUUUAUUGCGUUAACCAAUUAUUCAUGUAACAGAUGUCUAACAAGCCAAAAUACCCCUUCCCCAUCACACACACACACACACACACACACACACACUUUCACAACACAGACACCCAAAGAUCUGCACGAUAGGGUGCAAAUGCAAACACACAGAGGCAUAAUUCUCCACACACAUGCACACACAGAGAAACAUAUCAAAGUACACCCACACAAACUCUGCCUGUAUUAGGAUGCAGCCAUACUCCAUGUUAUGUUACUGUUGAAAUGUCUCCUCCUUCAUGUCCCAACCAACAGCUGCACUGUCCCUAGUUUGAUUUCACUCUGUCUCUCUCUGGCUUUAUAAUUUUCUAUUUUUUUAACGAAACGAUCAGCCUUGUAUUUAUUCUUACUCUCCAUCUCGCAGCUGAUGCUUGCUGCUAGUCUGCCUUAAAUCAAUGUUUGUAUUAGCGGUUUGAUUUAUUAAAUAUCUCCUAAAUGAA